GGGCUCCUUGACGAGGGUAUUGUAGAUAACCAGAUAAGAAACAUAGUCACAGACACGCAAAUCAAACUAUACAGAUAUACAACCGAAUUGAACAGAAUUAGCGAUCAAGAUGCCUGACUUCCUAAUCGACCUUCUCAAGCGAAACAAGUCUGCAGGAACCAAGCACUCACUGGACGCCUUGCAAGACUCAGCUUCAGAAAUGACAUUGAUCGAGAAAGCAAAAGCAAGACCGUAUCACACACAAAAGAACAAAAACAGACAAACAAACACGCAGUUCAAUCCGGCCGAUCUUUGUUUCGGCUCAUGUUGCCGAAACUGAUCAAGUGUGAGGCUUAUCACCUUUACGUGGAGGGGGCUUUCG